AUGCCGUACGAGAGCUUCAAGAGUUCACAGCACGUGUCCAUUCGUGGUCUUGUGCAGGACCGCAAGACUGGCACGUGGAGGUAUUUGCUGCAUGUUACACGUCACAUGCAGGACGAUACGUUUGGUGAAUCCAUGCACGCCAGUCGUCCAAAGAAGAGCGAGGAUACGUCAAAAUUAAUUGCCAGACCAUGCACGACACAGUCAUACGCCAUCCGACGCAGCUUCGAGGAAUUCAAGCGACUUCAUGAGGCUUUGGCACCACUCAUGACCAAAGGUGGCAAGUCUCAAUUGCCCAAAAUGCCAAACGAUAGUCUACUCACGUUUUUCGUGGGGGAGACGCAGACGGCAUUGCAAAAAAAGAGGCUCACACUUGAGCGCGUUCUGGCUGCAAUUGAAGCUCACCCGGCGGCCAGUGACGCCCCCGAGUACAUGGAAUUCCUGGCGAACCUCAACUCGUACGACGAGGUAGCCAAGGCCCCAUUAUCGCCCAGUAUCAGCUCCCGCAGUAGCUUCAGUUUUAGUGAAGAUGGUACCCUUACGCCACGAGAUUUUGUAAACCCCAACGUGUUGACUACGUCACGAUCCGCUAAUGCUCUGCGGCGAGCUUAUUACCAACAAGACGCUGCGCAUGAAAAUCAUGUGGCGUUUUCUCACUUUAGCAUGACUUGA